AUGUUCAAAAAUAAAGUUUUGCUUUUUUUUUUAUUUAAUUUUUUUUAUUUUUUCGUGGCUAUUUUUGUAAAUGGAAAGGGUGAAAACAAUAUUUUGAAUUCUAUGAAAAAUGAUAAUAAAAAUAAUGCAAAUCCUGAGCAUGUAGUAGGCUCAGAGGAUAUUGAAAAGAUAAAAAAAUUAUUAUCUGAAAAUAAAAUUGAAGAAGCAAAUAAAUUAUUCCAGGAAAUGAAUAAAGCAUUAAAGAAAGAAGGAACAGAUGAAAAUAGUCCUUCAAAAGAUGAAAAGCAAAAGAUGUUUGAAAAUUUAAUUAAUCCUAAUGAUCUUCAUGAAAUGAUGAAAUUUUAUAUGUAUUUACAAAAUAUAUUAAAUUCAAAAAAUGAGACAUCUGAAAAAAAAAUGGUUAAAACAUUUUUAAGAAAAUCUAUUCAAAAAAUGAAGGAUAAUGAAAAAAAUCAAGAAAAAAAAUCAAUAGAUGAUAUUAUAAAAGAUACAGAAGGACAUAAGGAAAUGUUAGAAAAAUUAGCUGAUCUAAUGAAAAUAGAUAAAGAAAAAUUAAAGGAGGAAGAAAUUAAAAAUAAAUUAAAUCAAAUAUUAAUUGGGAUGCUUAAAUUUAUUGACUAUACAAAUAAUAGUGAAAUGAUAAAUUCAUUAAUGGAUGAAAUAGAAAUAAAAGAAGUAGAAUCGGAAGAUGGUGUAUCAAAACCCAAAUUACAAGUUAAUAUUAAUAAUAGUAAGACACAUUUGGAAAUGUUACAAAAAGCUUCAAAUUUCAUGGGAUUACAAAUUAAUCAAGAAGACUUAGAAAGAUUAACUUCUAAUAAUAGUUGGUAUGAAAAUUUUCUAAAUAAUAUUUUGAAUAGUUCAGAUGAACUUUAA